AUGAAAAGAACAUGUACAGUGCGCGCAGCUGAGGCCCCACCAUCGGACAAAUCAGGCAGAGGAGGCUUCUUCAGCAUCUCACUGAAGGAAGUCAUCUCCAUAGUAUCUGUAGCUGUAGCAUCAUUACAGGAUGAUGUCCGCCGGAACCCCACAACAACAUCGUCCCUUCUUCCACCUACAAACCAUCAAAAUUUGUUUAGUGGAAUGAAUGAUAUUCAAGAGAUCCAUCCCAACCUACACUCACCAUUCGCAACAUUUUUUCCUCUGCCUGAAACAGCUGCAUCACCAUUCACCUCCGACAACCCUUCCUCAGAAGAUGAGGCUCUUGGACGCCUCAGCAACACAUUUUCUGCUCCUUUUGCAUUCCAAGAUCGCGACCUAUUUACAAAAAUUCUAUACAUUCAGUUGAAAAUAGUAUCAACCAGCCAAAUGUAUGACUCGCAAGCAACAAAUUCCAACGAACGAUUAUCAUCUCACUAUCUGGCUUUUAUAAUACUUGCCAUUUACCCUCUGUUGUAUCGCGCGAAACAUGGAACUGAUUUGGAACCAAAGGGUGGUUUGUAUGCUGAGAAUAAAGACUGGAUGAGAAACCACCACGUUGCAGCUGGGAAAUCUGCUCUUGCAUUUCUAAACCUUGAGGUCUAG